UUCAAACUGCAGAGGAUUCUCACCAGAUCUCUUUGACUGUGGUGGAACUUGGCGAUAAUUUGGGUUUGGCAUGUUCAACUGUUAAAAAUGAAGCCGGGUUAUUUUACUGGUAUAAGCUGAAGUUUGGAUAUAUGAUCGAAACAGUUGCAGCAGGAACUUUGGCGAACAUAGCACUUCAAGGAGAAUUUAAAAACUCAAGACUAGCUGUUAAAAAACUGAAUGCUCAGUUUGUUCUGAACAUCAGAAAUGUAACUAAAGAAGAUGAAGCAACGUACUUCUGUCAAGCAGGAACAGCAUACACCAUGGAAUUGGUUAAUAGCACACUUUUAGUUGUGAAUGGUAAAGUAUAUUCAUUUCAAUGACUUAAUUUGUUACAUUGUAAAAUCCUUAAAAUCAGUUACUUUAUUCUUAUUUUUUGUCCAUCACACAGAUCAUAAAAACCUGAAGAAAUCUAUCUACGUGAAACAAAGUCCGGAGACCAAGUCAGUCCAGCCCGGCGACUCAGUGACUCUCCAGUGUUCACUCCUCUCCAAAAACAACGAAAGCGCAGAUCAGUGUCCAGGUGAACACAAUGUGUACUGGUUCAGAUCUGGAUCAGGAGAAUCCCAUCCAAGCAUCAUUUACACUCACAGUGAGGAACAAAAGGAACGCAGUUGUGUCUUCAGUCUGUCCAAAACAAUACACAACUCCUCUGAUACCGGGACGUAUUACUGUGCUGUGGCUACAUGUGGACAGAUCCUGUUUGGAGAAGGAACUACAGUGGAGACAAGAACCGGCUUACGGUCUUUUGGUGAUUUACAGACUGACGAUGUAUUUCUGCUUCUGCCGUCUGUGGUCUCGGCUAUUAGUGUGAUUGUUAUAGCCAUCCUUAUUCACGCCAUCAAGAAAAACAAGUGUAAUUAUUGCCAUAAUAAAGGUGCUGUUUACCUGCAAGAAAAUGUUGCAAAAAGGAAUGUGAAGAGAAAUGAAGACCCGUGGAUUUAUUCUACUGCCGUCUUUACCGUGAUGGAAACUGGCCCCGGGGUCUACACGGCUGCCAAGGCUUUUUGAUCUGAGUCAAAUGUGGAGUCAGCGAUUCUCAAGAAAGAUUGUUGAUAUUUGAUCUUAAAACAAAUACCCCCUUCGUAUUUACCCUGCCUCUUGCUCCCACUGCCUUUCUCUUUACACAUCCAUGGCCCUCCUUUCCCCUGUCCUCUGCACAGACAUAAACGCCCUGAUGCUGAUUGGCUGGAUCAUAACCAGCUCUCCUUUUAGCAUAGACACAUAAUGCAGUCAGCUAGCGGAGUGUAAGUAGAUAUUUGUUAGUAGUAUAUUGGAUUUAAAUCUUAGACGGCACCUUUUAACUGGAUUGGAUUAGAUGUCUUUGUAUCAAAUGUGAUAUAAUGUUAAUGUGUUUAAGUUUAAAGCUGUUAUAACAUGUUGGGAUUAGCUUGCAUUAUUCAUACAAUGUUUGUUUGAUCUUUUUUUUUCUUAUGCUUAAGUGAUA